AUGAAGAUCUGCGUGCUCCACCCGUCGUACGAUGGAUCGCUCUCGCCCUGCAACGGGCUCGAUCCGGAUGCCGUUCCCCAGCUAUGGCUGGACUCGCCAGAGCACCACGUUACCGGUGACAUUUCCUCUUCCACGAGUUCAACAAGUUCCGCAAGCCGUGCUGCGAGCUCGAGCAGCAGCGACGGUUCCAGCGACGGCAGCAGCGCCGCGGAUGAGGAUGAUACCACCGGUGAAUCUGCAUCGUUCGAUGUGUUCCUGAAUCUCUGUGACGGCGCAUGGGACGAGGAUCGGCCCGGGGUAGAGGUCGUGCAGGCUCUAGAGCGUCUCAACGUGCCUUUCACAGGGGCGGAUUCCCGUUGCUAUGAGCCCAGUAAGGAGCAGAUGAAAAUCGUGGCCGUUUAUCACGGGGUUCCGACUCCUCCCUGGCGCGUGUGUUAUGAUUUGCGGGACGUGGAGGAAGCUGCUAGGGUGCUUCGUAUGCCUGUGAUUGUGAAACACGCGAGCGGGUAUAACAGCGUGGGGAUGACGCGGGAUUCCAAGUGCGGGACUGUAGAGGAGCUGAAAACGCAAGCGGGUGUGAUGAUAACGAGUUUUGGGUCCGCUAUGGUGGAGGAAUUCGUGGCAGGGCGUGAGUUCACUGUGCUUGUAUCAGAGGAUCCUGAAGCGGAGACAGCAGCAGCAGCAGCAGCAGCAGCAGCAGCAGCAGCAGCAGCAGCAGCAGCAGAGCAGAAACCAGGCUCAGACCUGGAACACCGUUUUGCCAGUGCAAGAUCCAGUGCAAGCGCGAAGCAGUCAGGCGGUGAUGUAUUUGUAUACGCGCCAGUGGAGUGCGGGUUCCCUCCAGGGGAGGAGUUCAAGCACUUUGAUCUCAAGUGGGUUGAGCAUGAGGGGCUUCAGUGGCGGCGUGUGGAUGAUGAGGGCAUGGAUGCGAAGCUGAGGAGCAUGGCUGCAACCAUGUUCACUGCCCUUGGGGGUGUCGGCUAUGGAAGGCUCGACAUCCGAGCCGAUGCCGAAGGAAACGUCUACUUUCUCGAGAUGAACCCCAACUGCGGCAUCUUCUACCCUCCGGACCAGCAGGGAAGUGCGGACUUUAUCCUCUCGCUCGACCCGUCCAACGACCACCGCUCCUUCCUGCGCCGCAUCCUGCUGGCCGCUGUGCAGCGCUGGGAGCGCAGGCAGCCCUCUGUCCUCGUUAAGCAGUGCUCCAGUACACCAGCUACUCCCCAAACGAGCUCACCUUCCCCUGCUGCAGCACCUGCUGCGUCUGGUGCGGCUGCUGCACCUGCUGCACCUGCUGCACCUGCUGAAACCUCUGCAGUAGUACCUGCUUCCAAUAACUCCCCGCUUACCUCAACUCUCCCUCCCAAGCCCGCUCGCACCUACACUCCCCCCAGCUUCGGGCUCUUUGCCGCCCGUGACUUUACCCCAGGUGACACAAUCGAGCUCCUAGAAGAGGCCCCAGUGCACCUGGUGACACGUCAGCAUGUGGAGAGGCACUGGUCGGCGCAGCAGCAGCUGUGGUUCCGGCAGUAUGCGUGGCCGGUGGGGCCGGGUGUGUGGGCUAUGUGGAGCCCCAGGGCAGAGGACUGGAAGCCUUUGAACCACUCCUGUGACCCGAACGCGUGGUUGGAGGGUCUGAAUGUGGUGGCGCGGAGGGCGAUAGGCAAGGGCGAGCAGAUAACCGUCGACUAUGCCACCUUCUGUGUGUACAGCGAGCCCUUCCCCUGCUCCUGCAGCAGCACCAAAUGCCGGGGCACCGUCACAGGCAACGACUACCUGGCCCCCUGGCUGUCUGCAGAGUAUGGAGAGCACAUGUCAGCGCAAGUGCAGUACCUCAGAAAGCAGGCCCAAGGAUCAGUGGGUGGCACUUAG